CAAGCCCAAGCCCAUGAACACCUCGGCUAACUCUCUGGUGUGGACCGCCACCGACUACUCAGAGGGAGACGGGAAAAUGGAGCAGCUGGCGGCCAAGUUCAAGACUCCAGAGCUGGCCGAGUCCUUCAGACGAGCGUUCACCGACUGCCAGAGCCGCAUAUCGCAGACUGACGCCGCUCAGGUGUCUGCCGCCGAGGCGCUGUCUCGAGACUCCAACCCUGUGGUGUUCUUCGACAUCACCAUAGAUGACGAGCAUGCUGGGAGAAUCAUCUUGGAGCUCUUCGCUCACAUCAU